AUGAGUGGCGCCCUCAGCGCACAUCGCGCCACUGCCGGCCGGUCGCCACUUAUCUAUUCCGUCGAGUGCGGCAGUGAGCUGCUGACAGCCAUGGCGCCAGGUUCAGCCAAAGGUUGGCUGGAGCAGAAGCAUCGUGGACAAAAGUACUGCACGCAUAAGACAGAGAGCAUCAUACUUCCGGAUAAGGACAGCGUCUGCUCAUGGAAGCUUGGAAGGCCAGUCGAAGAAUCUCCACAUCGACAUGUCACUAAAGCACCCAAGCCAAAAGUCUACCCAGACAUCCUCCAUCAUGUCGGAGAAACACCAAUGGUGCGCAUCAACAGGAUAAACAAAGAGUAUGGCUUGGAAUGCGAACUAUUGGCUAAAUGCGAGUUCUUCAACCCUGGGGGCAGCAUCAAAGACCGCAUCGGGCUGCGAAUGGUCGAGGAGGCCGAGCGGGACGGCAUCCUCAAGCCCGGCUCGGUCAUCAUCGAGCCCACUUCGGGAAACACGGGCAUUGGUCUGGCAAUGGCGGCGGCUAUUCGUGGCUACCGCUGCAUCAUCGUUCUGCCGGAGAAGAUGAGCCGCGAGAAGGUAGACGUGCUUCGUGCGCUGGGAGCCGAGAUAGUGCGCACACCGACCAGCGCUCGCUACGAUUCGCCCGAGUCGCACAUCUCGGUCGCCUUCAGCCUUUGCCGCGAAAUCCCGGGUGCCGUCAUCCUCGAUCAGUACCGAAAUCCGGGUAACCCGUUGGCCCAUUACGACACGACGGCCGAGGAGAUACUGGACCAGUGCGGUGGCCAUCUGGACAUGGUGGUCAUGGGUGCCGGCACUGGUGGCACGGCCACUGGAGUCGCGAGGAAGCUCAAGGAGCGACUCCCCAACGUUCAGAUUGUAGGCGUUGAUCCACACGGCUCGGAGUUGGCCAUCGAUGCUGAACCCAACGACCCUUCCGUGACAAUGUACGAGGUGGAAGGCAUCGGCUACGACUUCGUACCCACAGUCCUCGACAGAAGCCUGAUAGACACAUGGUACAAGUGCAACGACAAAGAUUCCUUCCUCAUGGCCAGAAAGUUAAUCCGACAGGAGGGUCUCCUGUGCGGCGGCAGCAGCGGGUCGGCGAUGAGCGUAGCCGUGGUGGCGGCCAAGUCCCUGAAAGCUGGCCAGAAGUGUGUGGUGGUGCUUCCCGACGGUGUGCGCAACUACAUGACCAAGUUCCUCUCAGACGGCUGGAUGGCCGAACGCGGCUUCAUCUCGCUCUAUUCCGAGAUGAGCACCAAACAUUGGUGGUGGAACCAGACUGUGCGUUCUUUGCGGCUCCGCAUACCGCUGACAGUAACGCCCAGCGUGACCUGCCAGGAUGCUGUGGAGCUUAUGAGUGCGGAAGGCAUCGACCAGCUCCCCGUCGUUGAGGAAAGCGGAGCCGUGCUCGGAAUGGUCUCUCUCGGAAACUUGAUGUCUAAGAUACUGGCGCGGCGGAUUGAUGCCACAACUCCGGUAGCAAAGGCUGCCUAUGACCAGUUCAGAAAGGUUACCCUAGACACGACGUUGGGCAUGCUGUCCACGAUGCUCGAACACGGUCACUUCGCCCUGGUGGUUGCAGAACAAGUGCAAGACAGCCAGCAAACAAGCGCUUCUGCACCGUUGUCGCCUCAUUUGUGGUUGCCACGUCCAAUGGCUACAGGUGUGUCCAAGACAAAAGAGGUUGUCAUUGGCAUAGUUACGAACAUCGAUCUUCUGCGUUUCAUCACAAAGGGAUCCAAACCGAAGACCGACAAUGCCAUCAAUGGUGGGGACAAGUCGAUGGUAUAGAGAGGUUCUGCUCCAAUAAAGUUAUAGCCCCGUUUCGAUGCCUUCAA